AUGGAGCACUACGUCGUUUCUCAAAAUCCCGGUGUGGUGAGCGGAGCCCUGGUCAUCGGCGCACAGCGCUUCCAGGCUGCCCUGCUCAUUGAACCGACUCAAGCUGCAGUCGAGAACGAGCCCCUGGACACCUCUCAACAGGCUGAACAUAUCGAGCGCAUAUGGCCUAGCAUUCAGGAAGCCAACAAAGAGGCUCCAGCGCACGCACGAGUUGAGAAGGCUCUUAUUCUCAUUCUUCCGGGACCGUUGCUUCGAGCGGGCAAGGGCACAAUCCAGCGUGCUGCCAGCAUAGCACAGUAUCGGAGCGACAUAGAUGCCUUGUAUGCAAAUGCUGAUGUCAUCAACGGCGAAGACGACGAAACCCAAGGUGCAACUGCUCCAUCUAUCGACAUGGAUGAUUCGGAAAGUGCCAAGCACUUCAUCAGCGAGUCUGUGGGCAAUGUCACGGGCUGGUCCAACCCAGAGACCGUGCUUGAGACAGACGGAGGUCAGGAACCCGAUACUGCUACUUUUUUCGACCGUGGAAUGGACUCAUUGAUGGCCCUUCAGCUCCUUCGAAUCCUGCGGCGCGGCCUUCAUCGCCCUGAUCUAGGAUUGUCCACAAUCUACUCAAAUCCCACAAUCUCACAGCUUCAAGCGGUCAUCGUAUCGAGGGACAAUGCUUCAAAAAACGAUGACUCAUUACUGAUGCAGCCACUGUUGGAGACGUACAGUGAAGCAAUACAGCAGAUCCAAAAACCAGAGUCUACCCGAGCCAAAUUCGUGGCGCACGAUAAGCGAGUGACAGCGGUUCUCACUGGAUCUACUGGGACGAUAGGUACCUUCUUUCUGCAUGCCCUAAUGGCCCGCCCAGAGAUCAAGCAUGUCAUCUGCUUGAACCGUAGCCAGGACGGCGGUCGUACGGCUCAGGUAUCUCGUCUCGCCGCAGCCGGGAUAGAGUUAGGGGACCAGGACCAACAACGCGUUACCUUCCUUCAGGCAGACUUAAGCCAACCUCUCCUGGGGCUAAAUUGGGUGACAUACCGCGAGUUGCGCGACCGAGUCGGCCUUAUCGUUCACAACGCCUGGCCCGUCAAUUUCAACCUCGGGCUGGCUGCCUUCCAGCCCCAGUUCGCGGGCCUCGUCAAUCUCUUCCGCCUCGCUGCAGAGACUACUCUGCACCACGCCCCUCGGGUCAUCUUCAUCUCGUCCGUGAGCGCCGUCGGAGGUCUUGCUGCCGGACUGGAUGAGCCUGUGCCUGAGAGAGUCUUCGCUUCAUUCGAUACACCCUACUCCAACGGAUAUGCCCGAAGCAAGUUCCUGUCCGAAUUGUUGUGCGACGCUGCGGCACGCAGGCUGGGACUCGACACAAGGGUCAUUCGUGUCGGCCAGGUUGCCGGCGCUGUCUGGCGGCCAGGGGGCGAGUGGAGCCGGACCGAGUGGCUUCCCAGCCUCGUCAUCGGCUCCAAAGACAUGGGGUGUCUGCCAGAUAAUCUCGGCCCUCAGUUCUCGAAGAUAGACUGGGUGCCAUCAGAUAUACUGGCUGACGUGUUGGCCGAUCUUGCCCUCAGCCAGCGUGACUCUGAAGCUGAGCCGGAACUCCAAGGACCGACAAACCAUGAGGCAGGUGGUGCGCGAGUCUUCAAUCUGCGGAACCCCUGCACAACAUCCUGGGACGCACUGCUCCCUACUAUCGUCCAGGCACUCAAGACACCCAUCGGUUGCGAUCUUGCGUCCGUGGUAGUCACGCCAUCAGAGUGGCUGGAACGAUUGAGCGACGCCGAGCGAAAGACAACGGGCGACGGCACUAAAACCUCAAAUCCCGCCAUCAGGCUGCUCGAGUUCUACCGGAACUCCCUAUGGGGGGCAAGCGAUGGUCUGCAAAGGUCACAACUGAUGGCAGUCAACGGCUCCCUGGCAAAGAGUCACACCCUUCGUGGUAUGCAGCCUGUCAAUCCAGACUGGAUCCGAAAAUGGGUUGGGGAAUGGAUGGCGUCGGAGGAUAAAGCUAGGGGUUGA